GUUUCAGGAAUGUGUGUUGGUGACGUUCUGGAGCAGAACUGCUGCUGUUUUCUCCGGAGAUAAGCUGAAGCAGCGGCUGGAGCCGGCAGAACCCAGAGGAACACGCUGACUCCGGCAGAACCCAGAGGAAGACGCUGACUCCGGUUCUGCUGGUCCCGUAGCGCAGCUGCAAACUCAGCGGGGCUCUUUGGGUUCUUUUCGGCCGCUUGUCCUGACUGGAGAGCAGAAGGAAGGGAAGAGGUUUCCAUGUGAUGGAAUGAUGUCAGCACAGGGCAGUGUGGAGAGUGACUGCAGCCCUGGAGGCUGAUGAACCCGCCCCAUUGGCCAGCCAGGAUGCACAUAGCAUCAGUGGGUAUUAGUAAGUCCUGCUUUCUGUUCUCUCUUGCGUUCUGCUCCCUCCUCCUUCUGCUCAUCCCAGCCCUUCAGUCCCCUGCACACCAGCUGGAUCCGCCUCAGCCCCGACCCCAAAUGAAAUCUGGCCCAGCAAGGCAGCCACACCAUGCAAACCUUCCAGCAGGGACAGCGAGUGCUAGCCGCACAGACCCGGCCGCAGGGUUCAGUAGGAGUUCACCUGUUAGACCUGACAUUCCCAGAGCAGUGAAGGUGAAAACGUCAGGGUCGAGGCCCAUGGACAGGCUAAAUUUAAAAGACAUUUUCAUUGCGGUGAAGACCACCAGGAAGUACCACAAGUCCAGACUGGAGCUGCUGAUUCAGACCUGGGUGUCCCAAGCCAAGGAACAGACUUACAUAUUCACUGAUGGGGAGGACAAGGAGCUGCAGGUGAAAACGGGAGCUAAUAUCAUCAACACCAACUGCUCAGCAGCUCACAAUCGACAGGCUCUGUGCUGCAAGAUGUCUGUGGAGUAUGAUAAGUUCAUCGAGUCCCAGAAGAAGUGGUUCUGUCAUGUGGAUGAUGACAACUAUGUGAUCCUGCCUAGUCUGCUGCGACUGCUGUCCUCAUACCACCACAGUCAGGACAUCUACCUUGGCCGGCCCAGUCUGGAUCACCCCAUAGAGGCUGCAGAGAGGGUAAAGAGUGAUGGAACAAUGUCUGUGAAGUUUUGGUUCGCCACAGGUGGAGCAGGGUUCUGCAUUAGCCGAGGUCUGGCUCUGAAGAUGAGCCCCUGGGCCAGUUUGGGGAAUUUCAUCACCACAGCAGAAAAGAUCCGCCUUCCAGAUGACUGCACCAUAGGUUACAUUAUUGAAGCCCUGCUGGAGGUGACUCUAACACACACACACCUGUUCCACUCUCACCUGGAGAAUCUGCAGAAGCUGCCGGUUACCACCGUGCUUGAUCAGGUAACUCUGAGUUAUGGAGGCUUUGAGAACAGAAGAAAUGUGGUGAGCAUCGUAGGGGGCUUUUCACUGGCUGAAGACCCCACAAGGUUUAAGACGGUGCACUGCCUUCUCUAUCCACAUACUGAGUGGUGUCCAAAGUUAAAAUCUGGGCACAACAACUGAAUGACCCAGUACUAAUAUACUGGAGGACUUGCCCUGAUUUUUGGAUUAAGAGGGGCUCACCUAGAAACAACUCUGCACAAGCGUAUUGUCAAAGAUUCCUCAUUGAUUCUGGCUCCAACAAAAACCAAAAACAUCAUAGUUCCUGAACUGUCAUGUCUGCGAGAAGUUGAUUGAACUGCUAAAUGUGGUCCAUAUGAUCUGUCAGGCUGUCUGCUGAUGUUCUUUUAGUGCCACCCUGGUGCCAUGGUAGGUACAAUUUUUAUGUCCUUUUUUUUCACAAUUAAAUCCAUUUGUUUGACCAAAUGUUACAGUGAAUUAUCGCCUGACGUCCGUCUCCAAUGCAACCCUUUAACCUGCACAAGUGUUAACAAAGGGAACUUAAAAGUUGAUGAUCCACUUACUGGUUCAUUUUUCCCCUGGAAAUUUUCCGUUUGUUUUUGCUUUCUCAGCUCACAGCAACAUAAUCUGAAGAUGUGUGGGAAAAAAGACAGAUAAUAACUGCUUGGUCACAGAGGUUUGGACUCAAGUUUUGAAUCAUUAGGUAUCCCUGGUUAAAAACAAAAUUACACUGUGAGCAGCAGAACCGACUGGAGCAUCACGUUCUGAGAACAUUUGCUGAUUUGUGAAUUGUCAUGAAGCCAGAUCAGUUUCAUACUAAUGAAAAAAACCACCAGCAAAAUAAAGCAAUAAAUUGCUCCCAGAAUAUGUAAUAAUCAUUAGUGUAUACUAAUGAUUACCCAGACCACCAUUUGCAUGAAGGCUGCCCUGGUAAGACCCCCACCUACACACACCAACUCCUUAUUGGCCACAUGUAAAAAAGCAAUAAGUUCAGGGGGCAAGUGACAGGAGUUAUUUUUUUUUUUUUGUGCCAGUGUGCCUUCCUGGUUUCUUGAUGCCGCCCUCGUUAACUGCCCAUGUUACUUUUAUGAGAACAUGUCACUAAACAUCCCCCGCCCCUGGUUUCUGUUGCACUAGAACGGGUUACAUGAAAGACAACCACAUCAGUUCAACUAGUAUGUUGGAUCUUUAAUCUUUGUGGUCCAGUAAGACAGGACCUCACCAGCUCCCGCUCUCCGCUGUGUUGACUUUACCCUUCAGUAUAGCUUACAUGUCAGCUUUGUUGUAAUUCUGCUUCACAUUAAAAUGUUUAUAUACAUGAUGGAGAAUAAUGCUGGACAUCUUAGCAGAUCAGGUUAAAGACAGGCUUUUUGGAUAAAUCCCAUCAAGAGAAUAUAAAACCAUAUAUAAUUGAAGAAAACAUGAACUGUAGAAAGUGUUUUUCAGACAUUGUUGGAUAUCAGUAUUCACUUUUUUAACACAGAUUCUUUCAAAACCAUCAGGAAAUAAACUGUAAAAAGAUGGAGGUCAUGCUGGUACUCUUGCAUGUAAAAUCUACCAACCUUAACCAGGUUUCUCAGCCAGUGAGGCAACACUUAUGUUUAAGAUUGCUGAGGUUUUUCCAUUUUGAAAAUAAUUUUCAUAUAAUUUUGCUUGGUCAGCAUUUGUGCUGAAAGUGGACAUGGGAUUGUAAUCAAAGAAGAAACCCUAGGAUGAACUGGUUUGCUGGUGGCGGUCACGUUCACAUCAGUGCCUUCUACUUUCUGUCUUCAUCUGUUCUCAGAUGGAGCCCACAAAGGACGGUGCUUUCAGUUAUUUAGUGUCGUCAAAAUGUUUUGGGAGCUCAAAUAUGACUCUGGGGCUUUGCAAGCUGUCUUCAUUAAAUUUGUUACAUUACAGUUUUUGCUCUUUCAACCAUCUCAGUUUUAAAGUUUUGAUGUCAGAUGUCUUUCCAGAUAAGAAGAUACAUCUGUGGAGGAACAGUUUAAAAAAAGACCUGAUUUGGCCAAAUCCCAUUUUAUGUGAAACACCUUUCAGUAUUUUUCCCUCCUUCCCUCCGACAUGAUGUUUUUAGUUUGAUGAAAUGACUGAUUCUGUUCAUGUGUUUUCAUGUUGUAUUGAAAUGAAGGAAAUGUUUAAGGUACUUGUAAUGAGUGAUGGUAUCUCCCACAUUAACUGAGCAGAAAUGACAAGACCUGUUAUAUCCCAAAUUGCCAAAUAUCUCUUGCUUGUGUUUUUCUGCUUUUGCACUCCUGUCUCAUGCUUUAUGUUACCUGUUGUGGUUGGAUGUAAAAAUGGAUGAACUGUUUUCUAUUUGUGUUUUCUUCUUGUUAAUAGUGGCAGUCAGUCAGUUCAGUGGGUGGACAGAUCCUGACAACAAAGGAAUACAGUUUGUUUUCAGUCCGCACAGAAUGAAUAUCGGUCCAGUAUUCCCUGAGUAGAGCUAAAAAUCAUCAAUGAGUUCCACAUUAAAGUGAACCCAAGUCAGUCUGACUAAUCACUGCAACAUGUAUGUCAUGCAGUGACAGGUUAGUUAUUUCAUGGAUCGGCUUUUAUGUAGUGGAGUUCUAUUGCAAAGUUAUCAGUCACCAUCUUCCCUGCAGGCUUGGUGUCUUCCGUCUGAUGAGACGCAGAUUAGUUGUUAGUGAAGUAAAAUUAGAUUUCCGCUAUCACAAAAAAAUUUCAGAACUCAAACCUGUCGACGUGGUUGAUGCAAACACUUUUUUUUUAAUAAACUUCUAAACCAGAGGUUCUGCUUCCUGCACACACACACACACACACGUGUGCUCAUGCAAGUACAUAUGUAUGUGUGCGUUGUCCAGGGAUGUCGGGCCAGGCCUGUCCUUUUGGAGAGGUGGCUCAGGUUUGGAAUCGCAGACAUUUGCAUUUAGGCGCUUGCAUAGAGACCUUUGGUUGUUUUAUUAACUACGCUUGUGUUGAACAAUGACUGUGCAACAAGUACUGCAAAAAAGUUAAGGCUCAUUAACCAGAGUGACUGAUGUGAAAAUAAGGCUGUUUAAAAGACACUAAAGUCCAUCCAUUUGAGCUGCUAUUAUACAGCAGUGUUAUUUUUUACAGUUCCUUUUAAACUGGUCGUGUUGCCAGAUACAAUUAACACUGAAGGUUCCCUCUCACAGUGUAUUGCAUUUGGGAAAGUCCUUGUAGCAGACUACAGAUCCAUUGAAUGGAAACUGAUAGAAGAUUAAAAGUCGUUAAAAUGUGGUUUGCAUGACCCGCUGAUGCUGGUCGGUUAAUGUGUCAGCUGUUUGCAUUGAUCUGGUCCCUGAUUUGACGAGACAUUAGUUAAAAACACAAGCCUGUUUCGUUAAGGUGAAGAUGUUUACAUGUUAACUGCUACGGGUAAGAUAAUGACUGCUCAUAUCCUCCUAACAGAAAACCACUUCAUGAAAUCUGAACCAUCCCUUCAAAGUUAGGACAGGCUUGAUGAUUCCUGAUUAUGCAGAUGAUGUCAUCUUUGUGACUGCAGCAGGUUAUGAUCGAGAAAUCAGCAAAGUCGUACUUUUCUCUGUAGCAUCAUCAAAACUUUGGACCUAAUGCUAUCCUACAGAUAAAUGAAUUCUGUCUCCACCCACUUAGCUAACAGCCUGUCUCUGCCUAGAUAGUUUGUGUUUGUGUAAAUCAACAGGCUACCUCUGCACAAAGACUAGAAUCCAAAACCAAUGUUCUCCACUGCAGGUCGGUGGAGAAAGCUGUAAUGUUUCGGUCUACUGUGACACUCAUGUACUCUGUUUGCUGUGGGAGAAAGAAUUAAAGCUUUCAUGAUGCAGACUGAA